AGAUUUUAUUGAAUAACCUUUGUAAAAGUAAACAAUAAUGCAGCUAAAGUAAUGGGAUUACAAGUGUGGACCGCCUUUCAUUUAUCUUACACUUUUGCAGAAACUGAACCAGCAAGAAAAAAACAGAGAGUAGAAAAUGGGAAAGCUAGAAGGAGCACCUCAACUAUGGAUGUAACAAAUAAAUCAGCUUCUAAGUCAGCCACGAAGCGGAGGAUUUUCUUUACAGAAGCUGAAAGACAGGCAGUGGAGGCAGGAUUCUUGAAAGAAAUCAGACUUGCAAAAGUGCCAGGAAAACCUGACGUUGUAAACUUUGUUAAACAAAAUCCAACUUUUUCAAAGUACCCAUGGACUAAAAUUAAAUUUGCGGUACACAAUAUGAUAAAUGCCAGGAAGCGUAAAGAAAUGGACUCAGCAUAGUACUGAUAAUUUAGAAAUAGAUUUGGAACAUUAUUAUAGUAACAACAAAAAUCCUUCCUUUGUGUUCUAGAGAUGAGCUCAAAUAUUACAGCCAUGACAGUGUGUAUUUGCAGCUUGGAAAGCUGACUGAAGUGGUAUUUGUAAAGUCUGCCAGAACCUAGAAAUUCAUAGGAUUUUAUAGUGAGUGUAUCUUGUGAAACAAAACAGUCUUAUUCAUAUCUGUAAAUAUUUUAGGAAUUAUAGUAUGACACUUGGUAAUACAGAAAAUAAAGACAAAUGCAGGUACAAGCUGUCAAAUAGAAAAGAUAGAGGAUUUUACAUGAACAUCUUUUCAAAUUGAAUAUAUUAAACGAGUUGAAUAAAACAAUGGGUGGCUUUACCAACCAUUUUAUCAAUUUUAUUUAAUAAGUUUAAUGAAUUCAAUGUGGAAAGUCACAGGUGUAAUAUUCCUUGAGCAUGAACAAUUUUCCCUUUAUGUAAACUAGUAUAUAAGAAAUUUUAAGAAAAAAUUUUUUAUGAAACUACUAGCCUGAUUUCAACAUACUUUCAGACAAAGGGUCCUUCAGUGACGUUCUACAAAGCUUGUUCAGAUUUUUCUAAUUUUCAAAAAACAUGGCCACAAGAGUGCAAGGUCACUUUUCUCUUUAUGAAUACAGUGGAAACUUUAAAAAAAUUUCUUAGCCUUUUUAAAAUGAUUUCACAGAAAUUACUCUUGUGUGACCUUUACCAAGACUGUUCAAACUAAUAUGAUUGGUCAUUAAACAUGGCUGCUAGAGGGAAUAGUCAUUUAUAGCUCACCAGCGCACAAAGUGCUCAAGGUGAGCUAUUGUGGCAGUUCAUUGUCUGCCGUCCGUCAUCGGUCAACAUUUGCCUAGUGCACACUCUAGAGGCCACAUUUGUGACCCAGUUAUAUGAAACUUGGUCAGAAUGUAGCCUUGAUGAUCUCUAGGUCAAGUUCGAACCUGGAUCAUGUGGGGUCAAAAACUAGGUCAGUAGGCCAGAUUAAAAGAAAAGCUUGUGAACACUUUAGAGACCACAGUUGAGAGUCAUACUUUAUGAACUUGGUCAGAAUGUUUUCUUGAUAAUGUAUAUGUCAAUUUUGAAUCUUGGUCAACUGGGGUCAAAACUAGGUCAUCCGGUCAAAUCAAAGGAAACGCUUGUGAACACUCCACAGUUGUGACCCAAUCUUUAUGAAACUUGGUCAGAAUGUUUUCUUGAUGAUCUAUAGGUAACUUUGAAACUGGGUCAUGUUGGGUCAAAAACUAGGUCAGUACGCCAGAUCAAAGGAAAAGCUUGUGAACACUCUAGAGGCCACAGUUGUGACCCGAUCUUUAUGAAACUUGGUCAGAAUGUUUAUCUUGAUGAUUUCUAUGUCAAGGUCCAAACCGGGUCCUAUGGGGUCAAAAACUAGGUCAGUAGGCCAGAUCAAAGGAAAAGCUUGUGAACACUAUAGACCACAGUUGUGACUCGCUCUUUAUGAAACUUGGUCAGAAAGUUUGUCUUGAUAAUCUCUAGGUCAAGAUUGAAUCUGGGUCAUUUGGGGUCAAAAACCACUUCACAUGGUCAAAUCAAGUUUGUGAACACUUUAAUGGCAACAGUUGUGACUCAGUCUUUAUGAAACUUAAUCAGAAUGUUUGUCUUGGAAAACUUCUAGGUUAAGUUUGAGACUGAGUUAUGUAGGGUCAAAAACUAGGUCACAUGGUCAAAUCAAAGGAAAAGCUUGUGAAUUUUCUAGAGGUAGCAGUUGUGACCCAAUCUUUAUGAAACUUGGUCAGAAUGUUUGUCUUCAUAAUCUCUAGGUGAAGGUCUAAAUUGGGUCAUGUGGGAUCAAAACCUAGGUCAGUAGGCCAGAUCAACACUGGUGGGCAAUAUAGGGACAUCAUGGCCCUCAUGUUUCCUUUUCAAUUGUGUAUAUAUUAGAAACAUUAAAAAUGUUCUUGUCAGAAAUUACAGGCUGUUUAAAACAAUUUAAUACAAUUGUUUAUUUGAGUUUUAAGGUGUAUGAGGAAUUGACUGUCUACCGUUAUUGUUCAAAUUAUUGCCCUUGGAUCAAAAGUGAACAUGCCCAUGUGUGUGACAUGUAUGUAAUAUAGGCCAACAUGAAAUGAACUUUGAAUAUCUCCUUUUAAACUGUUAAUUGCAAGAACCCUGAUAUUUAUAUAAAUGUCGCUCUUCACUUGUACCUUGAAGGCUUUUACACAUGCGUGCAUUUUAGGGUCUGACAGUAUCCCUCCUGUUAUUUUUGUUAAAAUCGGCUACAAAUAAAAUGCUAUUUCUGUACAGUCAAAAAUCCCAUACAAUCAUUUUUGCUUGCAGCUUCUGACAUGUAAGACCCCAUAAAUAGGUUCUACACCUUAUUCACACCUAGUUGUUGGUCUGGACUGAGGACAGUUGUAUGUCUGUUGAUACUUGUAUUUUAACCUUGAUAGUAUUGUAGCUGCAGUCAUGCUAUUGGUUUUACUAUGGACUUCUGUAUUUAUGGUUGUUUGAAAAAUAAUUCAAGUUUAACUACAUAUUUGAAUUGUUCUUUCAGAAGGGAAAUAAAUUUGUUAAAAUUGGAA